AUGGGUAAACAUCCAUGCAUCUCUUGGGAUCCAAUUCUAUGGGGUAAGUGUCGUGUUUUAUUUACGAGAAAUAAUAAGGAAUCCAAGUUAUCAAAAGUUGACAAUGAAUCUGUUCACGAGGGACAUCAUAUCCCUGAUCUUCCUUUUCAUAUCAUCACCAACAUACUCCUUAGACUUCCCGCAAAGUCCCUCUUCCAGUUGAGGCACCAUACUAGCUCAACUGACUUGUUAUAUGAUUUAACCACGGAUCCGUACUUUAUGCGCGCACACCUAGACCAAGCCCGAGCUACUCCAACCAUUGUUGUGCGAUCUCUUUCGCAACCCAUUGACAAUUGCAUAGAGCUUUUUCUUUUUGAUGAUAAAGCUGAGUACGUUGAGGCUAAAAGCUUCGAUCUUAGUUCAUAUGGCGAGGAACGCCCAACUGAUCUCUGGGGUUCAUAUGAUGGGUUUCUUUUAUUCACAAGCCAAGCCAGGCAUUUAUGGCAAUUCUGUAUUUGGAACCCGAUCACAAAAGAACAAGUAACCGUCACGUCGCCAAGUCGUCUUUUAUAUGUCUGUGGAUUUUACUUCCAUCCAUGUAAAAAGGAGUACGAAGUGGUUGUAUGUCGCUAUACUGCACGAAAAUUCGACUUUCAGAUUCUUAAUUUAAGAACUAAGCAUAGAAGAAGUGUUGGUAGCGGCUCUUACCCUCCAAGUACAAAAAGACCGCCUGUAUUUAUCAACGGGACGUUUUACUGGAUGGUGGAUUGGUUAGCUUAUUUCAUCCGGAACAACUGUGUUCUCCCUAGCCUAUCAGACGCAAUAUUAUCAUUCAAUAUUGAAGCCGAGGAGUUUAGUACCAUGGAAUCUGCUGUGCCAUGUAAUUAUACUCCAACGCAAAGAAGAUACCCAGGAAAUGAGUUUCAACUUUUCGAUUUGGAAGGAGAAUUGAGCCUAUUCGAUCCUUCGUCAAGAACUGAAGUGGUCAUAUGGGUGUUUAACAACAAUACCAAACAUUGGGAUAAGAAACACUCAGUGAUUAGUCCCUAUCACGAGCAAAAGUGGUAUUUCUACUCGUACUUCACCGAAUUUGAAUACAUCAAGAUGAAAGGAGAAUUCAUAGCAUAUCACUGCUGGGGUACAAGAAAACCAUAUAUUUACAAUGUAAGUUUUGGAACUUGGAAGCUGUUUGAAAUAAAGGGAUUUGAAAGAGAUUGCACAACAACAAUUCAUACUCAAAGUCUUGUCUCUUUGGAUGUUGCAGAUUCAGUUAUACCACUAGAAAAUAUUGAUGUAUAA